AUGGACUGGGUCUUACACUUUAUCGCGUGCUGAUGACGCAGUCAUAAUUGCAGCUGUUCAAAACAAACUAACCGUUGCUACAAUUAAAGAGGCAAGAUGACUGAGCACGACGCAGAGAAUGAGCUCUUAGAUUACGAGGAGGAUGAUGUGGACACGGCAGGGGGAGGAGAUGCAUGCAGUGGAGGAGAUGGUUUGUCCACAAAAAAAGAGGGUGUAAAGGGCUCCUAUGUGUCCAUUCACUCUUCUGGGUUCAGAGACUUUCUACUGAAGCCAGAACUGUUGAGGGCGAUAGUGGACUGUGGCUUUGAACACCCUUCAGAGGUUCAACAUGAAUGCAUCCCCCAGGCCAUCUUGGGCAUGGACGUGCUGUGCCAGGCUAAGUCUGGCAUGGGCAAGACAGCAGUGUUUGUGUUGGCUACUCUGCAGCAGCUUGAGCCAAUCACUGGACAGGUUUCAGUCCUGGUUAUGUGCCACACCAGAGAACUGGCCUUUCAGAUCAGCAAGGAGUACGAAAGAUUCUCAAAAUACAUGCCCACCAUCAAGGUGGCUGUGUUUUUUGGCGGCAUGCCUAUCAAGAAGGAUGAGGAGGUGUUGAAGAGAGAAUGUCCCCAUGUGGUCGUGGGGACGCCAGGGCGUACCCUGGCCCUGAUACGCAACAAGAGCCUCAACCUACGCCAUAUCAAACACUUUAUCCUGGACGAAUGUGACAAGAUGCUUGAACAGCUAGACAUGCGUCGAGACGUCCAGGACAUAUUCCGCAUGACCCCUCAUGAGAAGCAGGUCAUGAUGUUCAGCGCUACCUUGAGCAAAGAGAUCCGUCCAGUUUGCCGAAAAUUCAUGCAAGAUCCUAUGGAAAUAUUUGUGGAUGAUGAGACCAAGCUGACACUGCACGGCCUGCAGCAGUACUACGUCAAGCUGAAGGACAACGAAAAGAACAGGAAGCUGUUUGAUCUCCUAGAUGUGCUGGAGUUCAACCAGGUGGUGAUUUUUGUGAAGUCGGUGCAGCGUUGUGUGGCUCUAGCCCAGUUGCUGGUGGAGCAGAACUUCCCGGCCAUCGCCAUCCACCGCGGCAUGCCUCAGGAGGAACGACUGUCUCGCUACCAGCAGUUCAAGGACUUCCAGCGGCGGAUCCUGGUGGCCACCAACUUGUUUGGCCGGGGGAUGGAUAUAGAGCGCGUCAACAUAGCCUUCAACUACGACAUGCCAGAGGACUCAGACACAUACUUACACAGGGUUGCCAGGGCAGGCAGGUUUGGCACCAAAGGACUGGCUAUCACUUUUGUGUCUGACGAAGGUGACGCCCGCACCCUGAACGAUGUGCAGGACCGCUUCGAGGUGAACAUCAGUCAGCUUCCAGAUGAGAUCGACAUCUCCUCCUACAUUGAACCUGCCCGGUAGAGACGACAGGAUGGAUCCUACUGUGAAAUUUGCUUCAGGGUUUUUGAUUUUGUAUUUAUAAUAAAACAUGUGUGAUGGAUGCUGACAAAGUAACAACAUUUAGUGGGGUGUAUCCAAAAUAUUUUUUCUUAAUCCAGUAAGCAUUUGUAUUGUAGUUAAGGUACAUGAAUGGUACUAUUGUGGUGUAGUGCCCCCUGUGGAUUUAACUAAGAAAAUUCUUGAAAAUGUUUAUUCCAUUGGUUUGUUUUUUAUAACGCAUAUAUUAUUUUUGCUUUAUUUAUCUAGACAGUAGCUGUCUCUGAAUAUUUAAGUUGUAUACUUUUGUUUGAUAUAUGAAUCGUGCAUUUUUUAGCUGGGAUCAGAGUUUACUCGAUAGUUAGUUAUUGACCCAACUACCAAGGAAAAUAAGACAUCUAAACACUGAAAGUUUCACAAAAGUUCUAGUGAUACUAAAAUAAGAUCUGUUGCUGUGUUGAUUAAUAAACAUGUUGUUUACUCCUUAAACAGUUCAUUCUCCUUGAUACAGAUGUCUUCUUCUUGUGUCUGCU